CUUUCGCGCGAGCACCGUCAUUUGACGUCAAAAAUUGACCAAUGUACUGUGACACAACGUCUACACACGUCUUUACAACAAUGCAUUUUAAGAGUACAACGUUUGUAAACGUUGACUGGCCUUACUUUACUCCUAUAGCUACGUCAUUGCGUCACAACAUGGCUCAAUUUGAAAUCCCUAGCGCCACGCAAAGUCGAUAUUUUUUUUAUUUUCUCUAGGGCUCACUCACACAUAUGCAAGUGUUCCCACGCACACAUACAACGUCAAUGGACGCCGCCCGCUCCUAUCCGCGCGAUACAUUUAGUUCGCCUGCGCACGCGAAAAGGGUAACGCGCGUGCGGUUAUGCAGCGGCUGAGAUUUUAUAUUCGCAACGGCGGUUCUGUGUCAAAAUGGAUAAGAAAAAACACAAGAUAUUUAUGAAGGUGUUUGAAUCAUCUUCGUCACGGGAGUCAUCAGCAGACCCAUAUGAGGACGAUGGAGAGUUUGGGUCUGAUAAGGACUACGAUCCAGUCGAUGAGCAACAUAACAGUAGCGACAGUUCCGUAAGUGUUUUUGCUGAAACUUCACGUAAUAAAAAUAAUACGUCAAAACCACAAAAUGUUUCAAAAGUUCAAGAAGAUUCUGUCACAAGUGAGUCAGAUGAUUCAGACAAUUAUGAAGAGGUCUCCUCGAGUUCUGAGAGUAUUUUCGAAAUUCGUAAACGUAAAAAUUCCUCUCGUAAAUCAGUACGGUCUCGCUCUCGGGCGAGAAAACAACAUUUACAACUACCGAGACGCAAUUCAAGCGUAGAUACGGAUACUGCUGAUACGAUCUCAAUAGAUUCGAUCCAUAAUUACAUAUUGGAUACAUUUGAGACAUCGUCACUUCCCGAUCCCGUGGCAAUGGAGAAUAUUCAUGCCUCACCGCAACCCGAUCUUGAAAUAGAGGGUAACGCCGUCCAGCUGGUCCAGCACGCUACGCUGUCUCCUAAUCGUCUGGAAAUGGAGGACAACUUACGAUCGCACGCUUCGCCGCCUCCUGUAGCGAUAGACGGUAAUGUAUCCCCACCAGCGAUACCACCUCCUGACCCCGUGGAGCUGGAGAGAGACCCAUCCCCGCACGAAUUACAACCUCCUGAUUUAGUUGAGAUGGAGGGCAACCCGUCACAACAUGCUCCACCCUCUCCCGAUCGCCCGAACGCCGCACCACCUCAAGUUCUCGAGCAAAUAGAGGGCAAUCCGCCGCCGAACGGCUCACCACCUCCCGAUCCCGAGGAAAUAGAGCGGCGUCUAUCGUCGACCCUCUCAUCGCCUCCCGGUCCCGAGGAGAUAGAGUUCAACCCGUCCUCUAUCGCAUCGCUUCCUCUUAUUCUUGAAGGAAUAAACGGUAAUAUGUCUUCUCAUGGCCCACCAACUCCUGAGCGCGUGCAGAUAGAAGAAAACCCAACUCCGCUACCUAAUGUCACGGGCAACGAAGGCAACUUACCAGGCACAUCAACGCUUCCUGAUUCCAGGGGAGUAAGGAGUGACCCAUCGCCUGAUGCACCUUCUACUUCUCCGUUAUCAACUCAUGUCCCUCGCAACCGUACUCGAAGUAACCCUUCAACAAGUAGACGAGGUCCAAGGUGCAGAACUCCUCCUAGAGACGAUGUUUGGGAAAGUACAACUGCGGAAAUACCUACUUUUGAUUUCGACACUAUUUCUGCAGGAGUUCAAUUUGAUUUAGGACCAAAUGCUACAGUUAAAGACGUUUUUGAUAAAUUAUUUCCUACGCACAUUGUUGACUUCAUAGUAGCAAGAACAAACGAAUAUGGAAGAGCUCUCUGCGCUACAAACAGGCCUACAACUAGAAACUCGCGUCGUUAUAGAUAUAAAGACACCGACCGCAAAGAAAUACAGGAAUUUUUGGGGUUAUGUCUUCUUAUGGGACAUAUUAAUGUCCCUAAAAAACGAAAACUUUUCACCUACAGCGAUCCCCUAUACUAUCAUCCGAUUUUUGGGUAUAUCAUGUCUGGGCGCAGAUUCGAACAAAUAUUGCGAUGCCUGUGUGUAUCCGAGUUAAACGCACCAGGAAAAGAAAAAAUUGUAAGGUUCAUAGAUGCCAUUACUAAGAAUUUCCGUGAUUGUUACAAGCCUACUAAAGAACUCUCUUUGGAUGAAUCGUUACUUUUGUUUCGCGGGCGUUUAUCAUUUCGGCAGUAUAUCAAGUCUAAGAAGGCGCGUUAUGGGAUAAAGUUCUACGAGUUGACUACUUCUGAUGGUUUCGUCCUCAAUAUUUCAAUGUAUGCAGGAAAUGAUGAAGAAGUAGAAAAAGGGAAAAAAACUGAAAAAAUUGUCAUGCGACUGAUGGACCCGUAUUUAUUGAAAGGGCAUCAUUUGUAUAUGGAUAAUUACUAUAAUUCUUCGACGUUAUCGCAAAAGCUUUUAGAUUUAGAAACCCAUACAACUGGAACUCUACGCAGCAACCGGAAAGACAACCCGAAAGAGAUUACCCAAAAGAAACUAAAGAAAAACCAACAUGUUUGGACACGUAAAAACAAUGUGUAUGUCUCUAAAUGGGUUGAUAAGAGGCCAGUACUAAUGAUAACUACUUGUAAUCAUCCCAAACUAAUAGAGGUGUCAAAUAGAUUUGGUGUGAGUAGCAUGAAGCCAGAGGAAGUGUCACAAUACAAUCAGUUUAUGUCGGGUAUUGACCGCGCAGAUCAAAUGGUAGCUUACUAUUCUUCACCAAGAAAGACCUUGAGAUGGUACAGAAAGGUAUUCUUUCACGUAUUGGAUCUUGCAGUAUGGAACAGCUUCUUCAUAUACAGAAAAUAUUGCAAAAACAACAGCAAGAAAUACGAAUUCGUGACGUACAGAGAAGAUUUGAUAAGGCAACUAAUAAACCUAACUCCAAACCUUAAACCCGAGAUGCUAAUGAAACGCAACAAGUACGAUAAUCGGUUAAAAGAAAGAACAGAAUUUGUCGCAUCUGUGAGUACUGAAAAUACAGGGAACCUUAGUCACUGGCCUGAGAAAAUUCCAGUCAGAGCUAACUCUAAGAAGACAUCCAACUACAUGAAAUGCAGAAUGUGUACUAAGAAGAAAAUAAGAAGGGAGACUUGCCUAAGGUGUAAGGGAUGUGAGGAAAAGCCAGCCCUGUGCGCUAUAUGCUUUGAAGAAUGGCACCACCAAUCCUAA